GGAUGCAACCGUUGGAGGAGAUUAGGAAACUGCGCCUAAAUCGGGCCCCACCGCACGCCAUCUUGGCUCGACCCACGCUAAAAUAACGAAGCUGGGUCCCCGCUCUCACGGGCCAUUUCGGCUCUGGACGGAACAGUUUCUUGGACUUUAGAGGGAGGAGCCUUGCAUUUCUGGAAGUCGGAGAAACAGCCAGUCGAAGCCAGCCAGCAUCUGAGCCAGCGUAGGAACUGGAGCAACGGUGGACGAAGGGUCGCCCGUGUGUUGGAAUAUGAUAUAAUUUAAAUAUCCACAAGCACAGACGGUGAAUGCAACAGAGUUAGUCGUCGACAUGCAGGUGAAUGUCUUCCAUAUUGGCUCGGGAAGCUGAAGCAUAUUGCAGCCUGGUCACAUUACGUUUUCCGUGGGAUAAGCCAUCUGUGAUACACUGGGUGUGCACAGCGCAAUAACGGCGAGUGCCAACCGGUCAUUCCAUCGACAGCUAACUCAUAUUAACUCAGUUAGCCGACCAUUUUCGAGAGCCCCGUUAGCUUGCGGUGACGGGAGCAUCUUUGUCGGUGCGGGAAGCGUCCGUGGAUGCUGCUGAGGGAGUCCUGUGUCUGGCAGUACCCAACAGUAAGAUUCAAACUCGAGGCAUGCAAAGAGGGGUGUUUUUCUGCAAACGAGCGAGGAAAUCUCCGCGCCCCGGGGUCUGGUCUGUGGUUACUAUUUAGCUAGCUCGGUGGCUAGCCAGCCUACCGGGAGAGUAGCUGAAGUGAAGGUGGGGCCGCGGAGCGACAGCCUGGACACCAGCUAAUGUGGCUAGCCGGCUAACUUGGACUCUUGAGUGGCCACUGGUGUUCCCGUCACUGACAUUGGGGGGGGGUUUAAAUUAGCAGGUGUGUGCGGUCUGGCACAAUACUAAGUCAGUUCAGCAAGAAAACACGGUAUCAUUGAUUCCUUCAAAACCCGUGUGGGUGGGAUAUCUUGAGGAGAGCAUCCUCGUUUACCUAAAUGACCAUGGCGGACGACGACGUGCUGUUCGAGGAUGUGUAUGAGCUGUGCGAGGUGAUUGGCAAGGGCCCCUUCAGCGUGGUGAGGCGCUGCAUCAACAGGGACACGGGCCAGCAGUUUGCUGUAAAGAUCGUCGAUGUGGCCAGCUUCACCUCCAGCCCCGGCCUCAGCACAGAAGAUCUGAAGCGAGAGGCCAGUAUCUGCCACAUGCUGAAACACCCCCACAUUGUGGAGCUGCUGGAGACCUACAGCUCUGAUGGCAUGCUCUACAUGGUCUUUGAAUUUAUGGACGGAGCAGACCUGUGUUUUGAAAUUGUGAAGAGAGCUGAUGCUGGGUUUGUAUACAGCGAAGCUGUGGCCAGCCACUACAUGAGGCAGAUUUUGGAGGCACUUCGGUACUGCCACGACAACAAUGUGAUUCAUCGCGAUGUAAAGCCCCACUGUGUGCUGCUGGCCUCAAAGGAGAACUCUGCUCCCGUCAAGCUGGGAGGUUUUGGAGUGGCAAUACAGCUGGGAGAAUCUGGUUUAGUAGCUGGAGGUCGUGUUGGCACUCCCCACUUCAUGGCCCCAGAGGUAGUCAAGAGGGAGCCAUACGGCAAACCAGUGGAUGUGUGGGGGUGUGGAGUCAUCCUCUUCAUCCUCCUGUCUGGCUGCCUUCCAUUCUACGGCACCAAGGAGCGUUUGUUUGAGGCUAUCAUUAAGGGGAAAUACAAGAUGAACCCGCGCCAGUGGGCCCACAUCUCAGAGAGCGCAAAAGACCUGGUGAGACGUAUGCUGAUGCUGGACCCUGCUGAGAGAAUCACCGUCUACGAGGCCCUCAACCACCCCUGGCUGAAGGAGAGGGACAGGUAUGCCUACAAGAUCCACCUGCCUGAAACAGUGGAGCAGCUGAGGAAGUUCAACGCCAGGAGGAAGCUGAAGGGUGCAGUGCUGGCUGCUGUUUCAAGCCACAAGUUUAAUUCUUACUAUGGCGACCCCCCAGAGGAGCUACAUGACUUCUCAGAUGACCCCACCUCCUCAGGGGCAGUAUCACAAGUUUUGGACAGUCUAGAAGAGAUCCAUGCAUUGACAGACUGCAGUGAAAAAGACAUGGACUUCCUCCACAGUGUCUUCCAGGAUCAGCACCUCCAUACCCUGUUAGAUCUUUAUGACAAAAUCAACACCAGGUCAUCCCCUCAGAUCAGAAAUCCUCCAAGUGAUGGAGUGCAGAGAGCCAAAGAGGUACUGGAAACCAUCUCAUGUUACCCAGAGAACAUGGAGGCCAAGGAGCUCAGAAGGAUCCUUACACAGCCGCACUUCAUGGCGCUGCUGCAGACCCACGAUGUGGUGGCCCACGAGGUCUACAGUGAUGAGGCGCUGAGGGUGACCCCCCCACCCACUUCACCUUACCUGAACGGCGACUCCCCAGACAGCACCAACGGAGACAUGGACCUGGAGAACGUCACCAGGGUUCGCCUGGUCCAGUUUCAGAAGAACACUGACGAGCCCAUGGGCAUUACUCUGAAAAUGAACGAGCUCAACCACUGUAUCGUGGCCCGAAUCAUGCAUGGUGGAAUGAUUCAUCGACAAGGGACUCUGCAUGUAGGAGAUGAGAUCCGAGAGAUUAAUGGCAUCAGUGUUGCCAAUCAGACGGUAGAACAGCUCCAAAAGAUGCUGAGGGAAAUGAGGGGUAGCAUCACCUUCAAGAUUGUACCCAGUUACCGGUCCCAGUCCAUGUCUUGUGAGAAAGAGUCACCAGAUUUGUCCCAACAGUCACCAGCAAAUGGUCACGCCAGUGUCACUAGCUCCAUCCUGGACCUGCCAUCGACCAUCCAGUCCAAAGGCCGUCUGAUCUCCAGACCUUCUAUCAAGGACAAAUUGUCCAUCAAGAUUUAUGUACGUGCUCAGUUUGAGUAUGACCCGGCGAAAGACGACCUCAUCCCAUGUAAGGAGGCAGGCAUUCGCUUCCGGGUGGGUGACAUCAUUCAGAUUAUCUCCAAGGACGACCACAACUGGUGGCAGGGAAAGCUGGAGAACACGAAGAACGGCACAGCAGGCCUCAUCCCCUCACCUGAGCUACAGGAGUGGCGUGUGGCAUGUAUAGCGAUGGAAAAGACCAAACAGGAACAGCAGGCCAGUUGUACCUGGUUUGGCAAAAAGAAGAAACAGUACAAAGACAAGUACCUGGCCAAGCACAAUGCGGUGUUCGACCAACUAGAUCUGGUGACGUAUGAGGAAGUGGUCAAACUGCCAUCGUUCAAGAGGAAAACAUUGGUUUUGCUCGGUGCACAUGGAGUUGGUAGGAGGCACAUCAAGAACACACUCAUUACCAAACAUCCUGACCGCUUUGCCUACCCCAUCCCUCAUACGACUCGGCCUCCUAAGAAGGACGAGGAGAACGGAAAGAACUACUACUUUGUGUCUCAUGACCAGAUGAUGCAGGACAUCAGCAACAAUGACUACCUGGAGUAUGGCAGCCAUGAGGAUGCCAUGUAUGGAACCCGGCUGGAGACUAUCAGGCAGAUCCAUGCACAGGGCAUGAUCUCCAUCCUGGAUGUUGAACCACAGGCACUAAAGAUCCUCAGGACAGCUGAAUUUGCUCCCUAUGUUGUCUUCAUCGCAGCGCCCACCAUCACCCCAGGCAUGACUGAGGAUGACUCUCUUCAGCGGCUCCAGAAGGAAUCUGAGAUGCUGCAGCAGACCUACGCUCACUACUUUGACCAGACCAUCAUCAACAAUGAGAUUGAUGACACCAUCCGACUGCUGGAGGAGGCCGUAGACCUGGUGUCCACCACUUCUCAGUGGGUCCCCGUCUCCUGGGUCUACUGACAUACACUCAACGGCAAUGAGCUCAUCAGCCUGAACAAUCCAUCUCUGAUCUAACAUGGAUGCUAAACUUUGGUUAAAUCCCCUUGAAUCACGUCUCUUUCAUCAGAAUCAUACAUUUCUGUAGAUAAACUGUUGUCGAAAAGGAGGGAAAUGAAGAAACUAAUGACUCUGAUGCCUCACUACAGAGACUUCAUCCUGCCCCUACCCCCUUUUUCUCAACAGCCUCAAAGGCAUAUUGUUGUGUACAUAUAUACAUAUAUAUAUAAAUGAUAAAAAACUAAGUGAACAUGGUUCUGUCCUAACAUAGUUGAAGGGUGGGGAGUGGAGGGGCAGUGUGGUAGAUAUUUUGUACUUUUCUUUUGUAAUUGAUGGAUGGGUGGUAAUACUGGAAAGGCAAUAGCGAGCAUGACCAUAAAAGCCGUCUUACGUGGGUGCCUAUGUGUGUGUUGACCUUUUUAGGCACUACUUGUGGUACUCUGUGUCCUCCUCUCCUAAUCUCCUCGGCCCCUGUGACAAACAAGCCGAACUUUGAAGCACAUUAGAAGCUGCUAUAGUGGCGACAAGUUGCUCCCUCAGCUCCACAUGCAAGUUUGAGUGAAGCAAAACAAAGCACAGGAAACUUAGCAGUUUCGUUGUCCCUCACUCUGCCCCCCCUCCCCAGCCCUUUUAUUUAUUUCACUGCCCCUCUGUGCCUGUCCGUGUGUUGAAGGAGCACACUGCAUCCGUCUAUGCUGUCUGUCCGUGUUUUGCUGUAGCCUGUUGUACCAUGCUUCCCUUCCCAACCUCUGGCAGUCUUUGUUUACACCUCAGUUUGCACACAAUGGACAAUGAAGAAGACACUGCAUUUCAUCACCUCAUAGUUUCCAUUUUGUCUUGCCAACUCUCUGGCCGUGUUAACCCCUCUCUUUUCGUACAUGAAAUGCUAAUCAGUGGACCUGGAAUAUUGUUCUUGGGGCAUGAUCAGAUAUGAAAAAGCACUUACAUCCACCACUAAACAUUGGCUCCUGAGCUGGAAGACAAAAAAAUAAACUAACAGAAAGGAGGAAAAUAAACUGCCAUAUCAGAGCCUCGGGGAAAAAGUCGGUAACACCUAUGCACACCCCUGGUUUCUGCCAGGCAGACCGCCACGACCAUUUUCUUCUUUCCUCAUACUCAAAUAGUGAGCCACACUUGUUAAAAUUAAAGUGUUCAUAGAAAUGUCUAUGUGGAAGGGGAGAGCUUCAUGUAGGUGGGAGAAAUCCAAUCCUAGAGCCACCAUUUUGGAACUGUUAACUGUCGUCUUUAAAAAUAUAAGGAGUAUUCUUGUUUUGAGGGAGAGAAAAUAACUCAAAAUUUUGUGUGUAAAUGUUUCAAUGGUGCGUACGUCAUGAGUGAAUUACCAAGAGCCAGUGUAUAAUAAUCCUUAAAAGAAGCUCAGUAUGUGACAUAACCUCUUCAUGCUUUACCAGAAGUGGCACAACGCAGCCCCACCUACAGUAACUCCGUAUGCAGGGACAUCAGUUGAAAGGUCUAACAAAAAAAGUCAAUGUUUUCAACAGUGUGGUGUGGUUGCUGUUGUUCCACCUCAAGUAAAGUGUUUUCAUUUCAAGUCCUGUGUAAAUUACCUCUGCAAAUGACAAAAGCAGCUCUUCUGUAUGAAAUGUUGUUCUUUUUUGUUAAUUCAUUUUUAAAAAAUAUAUUUCCUUUUACGUGUUUAAAGUAAA